AUGGGGCCAACAACGCAUUGCCAGUACCACUUACAGCUGUUCCACGUGCUGUCAUGCCACUCAAAGGAGAACAGGGCCCUGCCAGUGCAAUUAGUGGGCUUGAAGGAAGUGGAGUCUCUUUUGAUUGCCCUCGUGGAGGGGCAG